GAAAUAUUGUUUUCACCGACGAGAAACUCGCGAGACACGACGAGUUUCACGUUUCCGCUUUCACAGAAAUGGCUCCUUAAUCUCCACAUUUCUCGUGAGAAAAGGAAACUAAACGUAACGUAGAUGGUAUUUAGACUGGCCCUCCUCAUUAGAAAUGGCAGCAGUGGCCGGAGUGAAGGCUUUCCUCAGCUCCUAUCGAUCGGCGGCCUUGCAGCGACGCUUCGGGCACAUGCCGGCACAGCUGACUUCAACCGUCCCUCCCAGGGGUCUCUGCAGUGCCCCGAUGAAAGCGAACGAGCCGAAGACGCCGGCGCCCACGGAGAACGAAUCUCUGCUGGAGAACCUGAACCUCAUGGGAGUCGACGUGAAGAUGGCACGCCAGCGACAGCCCGGGGUGCUUCGCAAAGCCUUCACCAACGAGCGAGGGCUCGCAAAGUUCCUGCAGGGUAAAGGCGCCAGCUCCACGGUAGUGGCCGGCAUCGUGUCGCGUUACCCCCGCGCCAUCACGCGCUCCAUCGAACACUUGGAACAUCGUUGGGAGCUGUGGAGAGACAUCUUCGAGACCGACGCGGAGAUCGUGAGCAUCGUGGAUCGCUCGCCGGAGUCCUUCUUCCGGUCGAGUGAUAAUGACAACUUGAAGAAGAACAUCGCUUUUCUGACCUCGCUGGGACUGAACAAUAAAGACCUCCAUCGGCUGCUGACCACGGCGCCGCGGACCUUCUCCAACAGUUUAGAGCUCAACAGGCAGAUGGUGGAGUUUCUGGAAGACGUCUGUGCCGAACUCGGUGGGGAGAAUCCAGAGCAGUUUCCUAAAUCUGUCAUAUCCAAAAACCUUUACAUUCUCAUCCGAAGUACAAAGAGAGUCAAGACAAACAUCGAUAUCCUCCGAGCUUUUCUGAAGUUGAGCGAUUCAGAACUGCUCGGUCUUCUCCAAGGCCCCGUAGCUCAGAUAAUUGACCUUUCCAAUGAAUAUCUAAAAAAUAAUUAAACUCUCCAGCAGAGGCUGGUUUCCCAUGGCUGUAGGAAAUCUGACUUAAAGAAACUAGUCCUCAGGUAUCCGAUGGUUCUGUACAUUGGGUCGGACACGCUGAGCUCCAAACUGGACUGUCUGCUAAGUGGAGGAAUAGCAAUGCAGCAAAUACUGGAAAAACCCAAAGUUUUAGACUACAGCACACAGAACAUUACAGGGCGACUAGAGGAGCUGCAUAGAGUGAGAUAUGACUUCAAGAAGAACGGCAUCAGCGUCCUGGACUCUAGUCAAAAGCGGUUUGAUGCAAAGAUGGAAAAACUUCGUGCAGGACUAGACGACUGAAGGAAACCGUCUGUAUUACGAUGUUACAUGAUGCUGGAUGCCGCUUUCACUUUCACCUUUGUUUCACGCUAGUUGUUUUUUGUGGUCACUAGAUUAGGAUUUCUGUCUCUCCAAUAGUGUUUCAACAUAGUUGGUAGGGCUAUUACGACAAACAUUUCAUUAUGGAUGAACUUGCCGAAGGUUUUUCUUGAUUAAUAAGGUAAUUUCAUAUUCUCCAGGAUCACAUUCCAAAUUUUGGCCAACCAAUAAUAACCACAAUAUUAUUAUUUACUGUCACAGAAGAAACCAAAACAAUGAAUCAAUUAUCAGAUUUCUAUUUUUUUCUUCAACUCCAAUAGCUUUCAUGCCAAACAUGUAUCUACACAUGCAUUAUUUUUUUUUGUUUUUAGAUUUCAUGUUGGAAUUCAUGUGAGGAUGCAAUCUUACAAUAAAAUCGAUACCAAAAGGUAUCUGACUGAAUGUUUAAA